CCACCAACCGCACUUUCCAUCCCAUCCCCCUCACAAAUCUCCACUUGAUUCACUGCUGCUCUGGCCAUCAUUCACAAUCAAAAAUACCAUCCCACUCAAGGGCAAUCGGCAAAGCCGCAUCAUCCGUCAACUCGGUCCUCGGGCCUGCCCAUUGAUUUCUUGCAUUGACCCAUCGCGGUACAACAGCCAUGCCGCGUAAACUUCCACAAGUGGUCACCUCCCUCCCACCACCACCGCCGUCACCGCUGGUUACCAAGCUUCGCCAGGACUGGCGGUGGGCUGGAAUCAGCCAGUUUAUGUGGACCUUUGCCGACGCCUUCGGUAUUGUUGACUGGGAUAUCGAGGCCCUCGAGCAAGAUUUCGAUGGAGCCGAAGACGCGCUGGUGCCAGACCUUGUCUCAAAGUUGCUAUAUAGCUUGACGUGGAACCGCCAGAUCAACCGCGAGAAUGCCUUUGAGAACUUGAGAAAGCAGUUCCUCAAGAGGCUACCUGAGCGCAACGUUCUGGGCACCAUCGAAGAACCAGUGGAAUGGCCUACACUGGGUCUCAGCCAAAAGGUCGAGAUUCUUUGGCAGCUGUGUGAAUGGCAACUGGACGACCCGGCGCGCUUUCGGUCCUUGCUCAAGACAGAAGACGACGCACCGUCUUGGCGUGUCGAUCCGAUUGGAUGGGACAAGGCCGGCAAUACCUACUUCCUGUUCGAUGACAAGGCAAAACGCUCCCGAGGCCGUGAUGACGACCAGGAGAGCGAACUCAGCGAGCUCACCGACGAAGAAGUCCACGAAGCCCGUCUUCAAGCGAGUGGCGCAGCAAAUGGGCCCUCCAAGGGUGAAGCCCCUGCGACCUUGGCAGACAAAACUGGGGAUUCCCCUCUGUCCGAGGUUCCUGAUGAGCCAGAAUCGGAUCCGGACUGGAAAUCCGAAGCAGAAGCAGCUUCUGAUCCUCAAAGUCCCACGGAAGAGCAUGACGAUGUCUCGAUUCAUGACCAAAACGAUUCUACUUCAGUCAAGGCUGAGGAUGAUGAUGAGGACGACCCGAACGCUGUUGAAGACGACACUCAGGACGUCGACGAAGUCAAACUCGCAGUCCAGGAAGCGGCCGCGUUGCCAGAGGAUUUCAUCGAGUGGGAAGCUGUGUGCGUAACCCUGCAAGAAUGGAGCUCUUUCCCAGAACAAUGGGCCAAAUCCAAGGAUGCCGACGAGAAAGCUUUGUACAGGCUUGUCGCGGAUGAUAUUAGACCACAGGUGUUGGAGGUCCUCGAGGCCAAGGAGCAAGAGCGGAUCAAACAGGAGGCCAUCAACAACCGCAAGAGAUCGUCCCGUAUCGCGACCCGCGAACUCGCCAAGGAGGAGCAACUCAAGCGCGAACUAGCUGAGCGAGAAAUGGAGGAACGCAUGGAGAGGAUGCGUCAAGAAGAAACUCGAAAGGCCCAAGAGGAGGCCGAGCUCCUGGCCCGGGAAAAGGCACGGGAGGAUCGGAUGCGCGAGCGUCAAGAGCGCCUCAUGGCCCGAGAAAAUGCGGUUCGCAUCCGUCUCGAGGACGAAGUGAGAUUGAAAGAAAAGGCGGAGCGUGACCGGGAAAGGAGAAAGCGUCGCCGAGACGGCGAGCAAGUCGAGUCCUCGUCGGAUGAGGAAGCCGGCAAUGGCGCUGCCACGCCUAUCAAGACGAACGCUUCCACCCCGGGUUCCUCCACCCAAAACUCUUCAUGGGAGCUGCGGUGCGAGGUGUGCUUGCAAACUGGAUGGAAUCUGAAGGACGAGGCAGAUACUGUCUGCUGUGACGACUGUGGCCGGUGGCAGCAUGUCACUUGCCACGAUCGCCGUGACAUUGCCGAAGGUCGAGGAAUUCGCGAUUGGGAGAAAGUGGAUUUCAGGUGCAAGGAUUGUGAGGAGCGAGCAGUGGCAAAGCGGAGGCGAGUUGAGGAACCAAAGGCCUUUGUCAACCCGGACACAGCCCCUGCCGCCAUCAACGGCAGUACUCCGCUGCCUUCGCCAGGUGUGGCUCCAAACGAAGGUGCCCCAUCUCUCCUUUCUCCGCUCAACCAGCCACCAGCGGUGCCGGCCCAUCCUACAUAUCCCCCAGUCCACAGCCCUGCACUCCAGCCUUCUCUUGAGAGGCAGCCACAAGCUGCGCCAAGCAGACCUGCCCAACUGCCACCUCCAAACGGAACCCCGGGCCCAGUGGUUCGCUCAUACGAUCACCACCCGAGGCCGCAUGAGCCCGCGUCUUCCUAUCAUUCUCAGUCCUCUCACGACCCCCGCAGGCACUACGCUCAUGCGACAUCGACCCCGCCAUUCUCGUAUGCGAACGGCCAGCCCCAGGGUCAACAGUACCCUGAUCGACCGACCAACUACCCGUCUGGUCCCCCCAAUCCUCAUUGGGAGCGGUCUAUGAUGAACCCAGCUGAGCGUGUCUCGCAACCUCCUCAUCAACAGGCUCCAUACGCAGACACUGGCUACCAGCACGGCGCACCGGCGCACCCCUCACAAUAUCCCCCUGCCGUGCCAUACUACGGGAGGGAAGGAAAUGGCCCGCAACAUUACGGAGAAUAUGGAGGGCAUCCGCAGUCUCGGGGGCCGGGACUGUACGAUGCAGGGCAAGCUCAGGCCCCGAGAAAAUAGCGUGUGCUAGAUAGGGCCAAUUCUAUCGACUCUGGCACGGCUUGCCUGCCACAGCCUCGAUAGUGUUCUCGGUUGGCAGUAGGCGAAUGCACCGUGUCUUCCAUCGACCUGUCUGACUCACUACAGACCUUGACAUCAAUGGC